AUGAAGGCUGCUUUUAAAACUGAUGCAAACUACGAGGGUUAUCAUUAUCAGGAAGAUUUGCUCAUUCAUGGCGAUUCUGUUUACGAUAUCAUUGACAAACAGGAUCAUGCAGCAAUACAAGCCGAACUUAAUCGCAACGUACCACCGCAACCGGGACAGCACACAAGUUCCUCCUCAUCAUCGGCUACAUCAGCUGCAGCGGCGGCAGCAGCGGCCGCAAUGACAAGCCUCGAGGGUGAACAUCGCAUGUUCCUGUGUCGCAUGAAUGUCAGCCGUAAUGCGCGUAGACAAAUGCGAUUUGGAGAUCAAAAGGUUGUGCUAGUUCAGGGUCAUUACUUGUCAUUUUUACCGCUUUGUAGCCGGAAUGAGCCCGUAUUUUUGGCCACAUGCACGCCCAUUGCAAUGCCGGAGACACGCGAAUGUGUGGUUCAGGGCGCAACAAACGUUUUUACUACAAUUCAUUCAAUGGAUAUGAAAAUAGCGCAUAUUGACAAAAACGGUGAAUUUCAUUUAAAUUACAGCAGAAAUGAGAUACAAGGUUUGUCGUGGUACAAUCUAAUACACUCGGAUAAUUUGCGUGAAGCGCAGAUGAAAUCAACAUAG